CUUUGCAAACGUCGGGCCAUUCUCUCCAUUCUUUUCGCUGUUCCGCCGAUCUCUCGCUAUAUAGUCCAGAAAAUGAUUGAGUUCAAGUAUAUAGUCCUGUUGAUAUCAUUAACCAUCAUCGGAGGAAGCCAGGCGGCCACACUGCCCUAUCGCUGUAAGGAGAAUAUGGCUUCGGCUUAUGUAUAUAAUCCGCAAUUCUGCAUGGAUACCCUAACUGGCCACAGUUUGUAUGUGGGUGAGGUGUUCACACGACCGGGCCAGUGCGUCCGGGUUCAGUGUCUGGGAACGCUGCAGCUCUGGGAGGACAGCUGCCAAGUGCCUAAUCUUAAGAAGGGCGACUGCAAGCAGGUUCCGCCCAAGGAAACGGGUGUGGACUAUCCCCGUUGCUGUCCACUGUACGAGUGCAAGAGCUACGAGACGCAUUCCGGCGGAACUUUGGAGCAGACCAACACCUACAACCAUUACGGCACCCUGCUGAAUACCCAUCUCACCGAGGUGAUUACGAUUACCACACGGCCGCUUCAGGGGCAUGCCACAGCGGAGAUUCCCACAGCGCCCGUGCGCAAGUAUCAGGUGUGAAGGGACAGGUGGUAAAGACCUUCAUAGGCUUAGUUUAACAUAGUUUGUAACAGCAGAUUUAAUGUGUAAUUAGUAUGGGAAUAAAAGAAAGCUUGACAAAAGCAAACAUACAGCUGUAA